AUGCCGCCGGAACGGAGGAGCCGAACGAGACCGGACCGGAGAGCCGGAGCGAGACCAGACCGGAAGACCCGAAUGAGGCCGGACGAUAGAGCCGCGGGGCCGGGCGGGCCGCUCCAAAAGGCUGCUCCUUCAUUUCAGCGGAAAUCGCCGGCCUGGCCGCGCGCGGCGGCCGCCGUAGUCGCGGCCGAGGAGGAGAGACGGCUCCGGCAGCGGAACCGCCAGACGCUGGAGGAGGACAAGCCGGCCGUGGAGCGGUGCUUGGAGGAGCUGGUCUUCGGCGACGUCGAGGACGACGAGGACGCGCUGCUGCGGCGUCUGCGGGGCCCGCGGGUUCAAGUACAAGAAGACUCAGGUGACUCUGAAGUGGAGAAUGAAGCAAAAGAUAAUUUUCCACCUCAGAAGAAGCCAGUUUGGUUGGAUGAAGAAGAUGAAGAUGAGGAGAUGGUUGACAUGAUGAACAAUCGUUUUCGGAAAGAUAUGAUGAAAAAUGCCAGUGAAAAUAAACUUUCAAAAGAUGAGCUUCAAAAGAGACUUAAGGAAGAAUUUCAGCAUGCCAUGGGGGGAGUACCUGCCUGGGCAGAAACCAAUAAGCGGAAAACAUCUUCAGAUGAUGAAAGUGAAGAGGAUGAAGAUGAUUUGUUGCAAAGGACUGGGAAUUUCAUAUCCACAUCAACCUCUCUUCCUAAAGGAAUCUUAAAGAUGAAGCACUGCCAGCAGGCUAAUGCUGAACGUCCUACUACUGCUCGGAUCUCGUCUGUGCAGUUCCAUCCUCGUGCACAGGUUGUGUUGGUUGCUGGAUUAGAUAAUGCUGUAUCGCUAUUUCAGGUUGAUGGAAAAACAAAUCCUAAGAUUCAGAGCAUCUAUUUGGAAAAGUUUCCAAUCUUUAAAGCUUGUUUUAGUGCUAAUGGAGAAGAGGUUGUAGCCACGGGUACUCACAGCAAGGUUCUUUAUGUCUAUGAUAUGCUGGCUGGGAAGCUAAUUCCUGUGCAUCAAGUAAGAGGUUUGAAGGAGAAGAUAGUGAGGAGCUUCGAAGUCUCCCCAGAUGGGUCCUUUUUGCUUAUAAAUGGUGUUGCUGGAUAUUUUCACUUGCUGUCAAUGAAGACUAAAGAGCUACUUGGUAGUAUGAAAAUUAAUGGAAGGAUUGCAGCAUCCACAUUCUCUUCAGACAGUAAGAAAGUAUAUGCAUCUUCAGGGGAUGGAGACGUUUAUGUUUGGGAUGUGAACUCUAGGAAGUGCCUUAACAGAUUUGUUGAUGAAGGCAGUUUAUAUGGAUUAAGCAUUGCCACGUCUAGGAAUGGACAGUAUGUGGCUUGUGGUUCUAAUUGUGGAGUGGUAAACAUAUACAAUCAAGAUUCUUGUCUCCAGGAAGCAAACCCAAAGCCAAUAAAAGCUAUAAUGAACUUGGUUACAGGUGUUACUUCUCUGACCUUCAAUCCUACUACAGAAAUCUUGGCAAUUGCUUCAGAAAAAAUGAAAGAAGCAGUCAGAUUGGUCCACCUUCCUUCCUGUACAGUAUUUUCAAACUUCCCAGUUGUUAAAAAGAAGAAUAUUUCUCUUGUUUAUACUAUGGAUUUUUCUCCCAGAAGUGGUUAUUUUGCUUUGGGGAAUGAAAAGGGCAAGGCCCUGAUGUAUAGGUUGCAUCAUUACUCAGACUUUUAAAGAGAUUAUUUGAAGUAAGAAAAUCUUUCACUUUUUUUUUCAUCCUACAAAGUUUUAAAGUUACACCUAUUGCUGUCAAUUGGCAGAGGGACCAUAUUAACUGAUUUUUGUUUCUUUGCCUCUGGGUUGCUCUGUCUUCAGUUAAGGGAGUGGGAUGGAUAUAGAUCAGGAAGAGCCUAGUUGGACUUGAACCUUCCUUGGGAAUUUUUUAUCCCAAAUCACAACAGUCUGGCUCUGUUCUUCUGAGGGCAGAUCUUUAAUAUUGUGUCCAUAAUGGUCAUCAAAAUUAUAAUUACUGAAUAUUUAAUCCACAAAGGAGAAGAGACUUAACUGAGAGAGAUAAGUAUCUCCAGAUAUAAUUAUAGCUUCCGUAAGCUCAAGCCCUUUUAUUUUGUAUGUUUCUUGAGAGAUUAUAAAUGGCUUGCCUUGUAGCUAGUUAAUGGUUGGUCAUUAGUUUUGCUGCCGUAUAUAGUAGAUAUAUUUGGCAUAUGCAUGUAUGUACACAUAUACGCCAUACAUGUAUUUCUUUUUCUUCCAGUUUCAUUGAGAUAUAAUUGGCAUACAGCACUGUAUAAGUUUCAGGUGUACAGCAUAAUGAUUUGACUCACAUACGUCAUGAAAUGAUUACCACAAUAAGUUUAGUGAACAUCCGUAUAGAUAAAAAUUAAAGAAAUAGAGAAAAACUUUUUUCUGUGUGGUGAGAAGUCCUAGGGUUUACUCUCUUAACCACUUUCCUGUAUAACACACUGCAGUGUUCGUUAUAUUUAUCAUGUUGUACAUCCCAUCCUUAGUACUUACUUAUCUUAUAACUGGACGUUUGUACCUUUUGACUUCCAGGUACAAGAUUUGUGCCUUCCUCCAGCUGCUGCUUGGUAUUUAAAACAGUAGGACCCGCUUCUCUUCCUAUGGCUUGAUUUUUCCCCUGAGAUAUUGUGGUGGUUCUGAGGUGGAGCUGCGACCAGCUGUUCACCACAGUUGACUAAUUUGGUCUUCUCUGAGAUUCAUAAAUGUUGAGGAGAGACUCUGCGAGUGCAUGUAGACUUAAUUAGGGGAAUGAAUUUUUGAAGGUGGCGGAAUUUUGAGCAAAACGUUAGCCAGGAGGGGAAAGCAGUCCAGCUGCCUUGCCUCCCAAAACAGCACUGCCAGUGCAUGUUGUUCGUUGGUGACCAGUGACUGUAAAUCAAGUAUAUAAUUUCUUCUGUUCUUUCCUCAGAUCCAGUUGAGCCACAAGAGAAACCCAUCCUGAUAAAUCUUCUCAGAAACUUUCCAGAAUGAGUGAUAAUAUAAGGAUAAUGAUAUAUUGAGCCAGCUGUGCUUAUUUAAGUUACCAGAAAUGUUUUAAUAAACCCAUAGUAACUUUUGUUUGAAA